CACAUGGAUUACUACAAUGAUGGUUGUAGCAACAGAUUAUGUACAUACAUAUGUAUUUCUUCAUUCACUAUGUGAAAUGACGAAGUUUAAUGUAAAAUACUGGACAGUAUAGUAGUAAAAACCUUUUUCCUUUAAUUAUUAUUUAAAUGUGAGUAACUUGACUCUCUGUGACACGCGUUACAAUAAAUCUUUUUAACGCAAUAAUGGAGGAAGAUGGAAGUAAAAGAAUGAGAGGUAGGACUCGUGGUAGAGCACGCGGUCGAGCACGAGGUCGUGCCAGAGGUAGAUCUAAAAAGCAAGUAAAGGUUAUUGAAAGUGAUGAAGAAGAUACCACACAACAAGUUGAAGAGACACCAACAGAAACACCUGGAACAGAAUUGGAAGAGCAUGAAGCCCCACCAGCACAACAACCUCCCUUGGAACAACAAUUUGAUUUGGAGGCUGAUAUAUCACAACUGGAGGCUCCAACUUUCACAACUAUUAACAGGGGACCCCCUGAGCCAAUGCUCCGUUUAAGAUGGGACCAUAGAGUGAAUCUUAUUGGAGAGAAAGUUUUAAAUCCUAUGAUACACUGUUGUGACAAGUGUCUGAAACCAAUUCUCAUCUAUGGACGUAUGAUACCUUGUAAACAUGUGUUUUGCUUGUCUUGUGCUAAAAGGGAAGACAAAGUUUGUCCACGUUGUAUGGAAAAGGUUUCUAGAGUCGAACAAACUGGUUUGGGUACUGUGUUCAUGUGCACGCAUGGAGGAACUAGAUAUGGAAAUGCAGGUUGCAGAAGAACAUAUCUUAGUCAAAGAGAUUUGCAGGCACAUAUAAAUCAUCGUCAUAUCUCAGCCCCACCACAACAAGUUCAAGGAAUGCAAGUUGAUCCUCCUCAAUAUGUCCAUACUAAGUCAGAAAUAGAGUCUCAAUUAACAAAAGUUCCAUCAGUUGCGAUGCAGAAUACUCGUAUAAAGUCGGUGCAAUCGCAUAUGGUUCAGCCAAUAAUGGGAAACGAUCCUAGAGUGAAUUCUAUGGUCAGUCAGAUACCAGUGGAACAUAGGCAACAGCAUAGGCCACAGUCACUAAUAUCGAUGCAAAAUUAUUCUCAAAGUUCUCAGCCACCACCACCAAGUAAUGCUCCAUUAAGAACAAAUCUGAUAACUGUACCCAUUCAAGAUACGUCUAUAUCAACACAUGAAAUACAUUCACAACAAAGUCAUCAUUAUUAUCCUCCUCCUCCACCUCAAGUUAAUUAUGGAGGUUACAAUGUGCCACCUCCAGUUUCACAAACACAACAGUACUAUCCACAGCCACAACAUCCUGCUCAAGUAUCUUAUGUUCCACCACCUCCACCACAGCAGCAACAAUAUGUAUCGUCUACGCCAACCUCAAUAAGGCCAUCUCCAACAGGGUACAUACAAGAUCCGUCGUAUGGCCCACCACCACCUCAGCAGCAAGCUCCACCACCUCAAAGCCAAUGGUCACAACAUCAACAACAGUUUUAUAGGUAAACGAAACAACCUUUACAGGGGACAGACUUUUGUAUAUACUAUUAUAUACGUUGUGAUAAAACUGUUGUGGUUAAUAUGCAGCAAUUACAAAAUGGUUACAAGUACCAAUUUUGUACAGAUGCUGCUUACUGUUAGGAAAAAUUGACUUAAAAAUAUUUUAUACUUUUUAAGAAUUAUAUACACAGCAUUAAGUGGCUAAACUUAUAUAUAAUAUAUAAUAUAGCAAUAAAAUUGUUUUCAUGCUAUAAAUAAAUUUAUUUACUUCCCGUU